CAGGACGGAGGCUGCAGCACCCAGGGAGGAACGCCAUGGUCCCUGGGACGUCCACCAGGCCAGGAGGCCGCAGCACCAGGUACAGCCAGGGCUGGCCUUUGGGGAGCCCAGGGUAAAUCUUAAUAGUUCAAGAGUGUGAGCAACGGGCUAAGCAGGCAGCAAAGAGGGCGGACGAGGCCGGCAUCUAAGAAGGCUCUUCCGGGACCUCCAGGCGUCACCGGAGGGCCAGGGCUGGCUAGGCUGUCUCUGUGCAACGUCUUCUGACCCCUCCUCUCCACCUCCUCUGUGUCCAGAGAAUCUGUGCUCACGUCUUCCAGGACAGUGCUUCUUCUAGAAGCUAACAUGGAGCUGACCACAGCUCUUGGAGGCAUGGCCUGAGGCUUAGAAAAUAGACAGAGAUCAUCUGAGAUUUGAGCAGUGGGGCCACGUGGCAGCGCCCGAAGGCCUGGAGCAGGAGCGACCCAGGGACUCAGAGCAGCAUCUUCUCAGGAGACGGAAGGAGAGCCGCCGGAGGAGCACGGGGCACCUGCGGUCGCCAAGAGCCUCCUGUUCUGGAUGGGAGCGAAGGCUCUGAGAGGACCUAAGGUUGCUCAGUGGGCCAUGGAAACGGCAGUGAUUGGUGUGGUGGUGGUGCUGUUUGUGGUGACUGUGGCCACCACCUGCAUCCUCUGCUGCUUCAGCUGUGACUCGAGGGCCCAGGAUCCUCAGGGGGGCCCUGGCCGCAGCUUCACGGUGGCCACGUUUCGCCAGGAAGCUUCUCUCUUCACGGGGCCUGGUCGCCAUGCCCAGCCAGUGCCAAGUGCCCGGGACUUCUGGACCUUCAUGUGACGCCUGAGUCCCCAGGAUUUGCUGUGCUGCUGGGUCAGACUCACCCACCCCUCAGCAAGCCUUCCCUGGCCUUCCCCUCCUCCCAGGGCCUUCUCUCUGUCCUUCCCCUCCGGUAACCUGUGAACUUCCCGUCUCCUCCCAUUCCAGCCUUCUGUGCCCUCCAGCCUCGGGGAUCCUUGUUAUUGGGACAGCCCAGCUGGGGUUGACCCCCGGGAUGGGGCUUAGGAGGGCUCUGAGGAGUGAGUGAACAGACACAGCGCCGGACUGCAUGGUGGGCCGGCUCUGCUGAUCUACACCAGGAACUGAAAUAUCACUGGAAUUUAUUGUAGACAGUGUGCCUGUGACGCUGGUUCUGUUGCCACCUGGGCAAGCAGCACCCUCAAGUGGACAUUUUUAGAAACUGCUUCUUACCUGCUCUCCUAAUGAUUACUUUUGCACAUUGCACAGAACCCAACCUCGAGGCCUGCUCCCUGCCAGUUGCCUGAAAUCAGCCCUAAAAUUCUGAAACCAAAGAGCUGCUUCCUGAGAACAAGUUAUUUACUUUAGAAUUGAAAACGUAUAUCCUUUUAUGGGCCUUUCCAAAUCUGAUUUGAAAAACCACAAAAGGAAACAGAAGAGAAAAUAAAAGCCACAGAAAGUACGAUAUGUUUUAUUAACAGGAAAGCCAGAAAUGAGAUAUUCUAAACGUAUUUUUAAUGAGACUUUAUUGCUAUAUUCCAACAGGUCACUUCUAUUCUUAGAGAAUGUGAAUGACUUGUGUCACUUUGGAGUGACAGGAAAAUCAGGAACCGAAAGAUAAUUCCAGACAAGUUAAAAUGUUAUGUUACAUUCAAAGCUCUUGUUUUCAUCACAAAUAAGGAGAUAUUCAGUUUUUAUUAACAGAAAACCCAUUCUCCCGUGGCCAUGGAAUAAAUGCUGUGCUAUAUUUAAGGAGUUUGGUUUGAAGGGUGCAAAAUUGUGAGCCUCCUGGCUCUUAUGUCUGUAUCCAGCCC